GGCGCCCGGGAAGGGGUGCUUCGUGCCUCGCGAAGACGUCCCCUUCCGCCAAGCAACGCUUGCGACCCGCCCUUCUCGUCGCCGGAAGCAGCCGUUGCCCCGAGCAACCGCAACGUCCGGCUUUCCGAGUUAGCGGCGGGAAAGGCCAUGAGUAAAGGCCGGGCGGAGGCCGCGGCGGGAGCCCCCGGGAUCCUCCUGAAGUACCUGCAGGAGCAGAACCGGCCCUACAGCGCCCAGGACGUGUUCGGGAACCUGCAGCGGGAACACGGACUGGGCAAGGCGGCGGUGGUGAAGGCGCUAGAGCAGCUGGCCCAGCAAGGCAAAAUCAAAGAGAAGGUGUACGGCAAGCAGAAGAUCUAUUUUGCCGACCAGGUGAGGGAAACCUGUGCAGAUUAUCGCCCGUGUGAGACCCCGACAUUAGGUGAAUCAGUCUCUAGAAUGAACUCUCUUCUGGAGAAUUUGAGGCACCCCAUGAAACUCAACCUGUCUUACGCCAUGAAAAGGGUCCCAGACACCUUUAAAUCAAGGACCAGUUUGCUAUGGUGAGUGAUGCCGACCUCCAAGGCCUGGAUGCCAAAAUCGUGGCCCUCACUGCUAAGGUGCAGAGCUUACAGCAGAGCUGCCGCCACAUGGAGGCUGAGCUGAAGGAGUUAACUAGUGCCCUGACCACACCGGAGAUGCAGAAAGAGAUCCAGGAGUUGAAGAAGGAAUGUGCUGGCUACAGAGAGAGACUGAAGAAUAUAAAAGCAGCCACCAACCACGUGACUCCGGAAGAGAAAGAGCGGGUGUACAGCGAGAGGCAGAAGUACUGCAAGGAGUGGAGGAAGCGCAAGAGGAUGGCAACAGAGCUGUCGGAUGCAAUUCUGGAAGGAUACCCCAAGAGCAAGAAGCAGUUCUUUGAGGAAGUCGGGAUAGAGACAGAUGAGGAUUACAACGUGAAGCUCCCAGACCCUUGAGG